CGCCCUGCAGCUGUGCCCGGGCCGCGCCGCCGCGCCCGCCCCCCGAGUUUUUGAUCUUCUUCCUUAUUCCAACAAGCGAGUGGUACUGAACUUCUUGCAACAAGCUUUUGGGGAUCCUGUGCCGAAUGAAGUGUACUUGCUUUCAACAUUCAAAUUACAGCCAAAGAGUACAGCCACUGUUUUUGGCCUAUAUUCAUCAGCUGACAACAGCAAGUAUUUAGAAUUUACGGUAAUGGGACGGAUGAGUAAAGCUGUGCUGCGCUAUCUGAAGAGUGAUGGAAGGCUGAAUUCCGUGAUCUUUAGCAACAUCCAGCUGGCUGAUGGGAAACCCCAUGCUGUCAUCUUGUGGCUGAGUGGUCUGCAGCAGGGAUUGAGCACGAUAGAAUUGUAUCUGGAUUGCCUGCAAGUAGGUGCCAUUGAGGACUUGCCAAAACCAUUUUCAGCACUGUCUCAGAAGAUGGUGGCAGCUGAGUUGCGCACUCUCCAGGAGAAGCCACAGGAUACACUGGAUGAGCUAAAGCUGGUAACUGGAGGAACCCUUGCUGAAGUGGGAAACCUGCAGGAUUGUUUUCUUCAACAAAUUGAGGCUGUACCUCAGUACACUGGUGAUUUUAAUAGGCAGCUGAUGGGUCAAAUGAUGCAGAUGAACCAAAUACUAGGAGAUGUGAAAGAGCUUCUUAGACAACAGGUCAAAGAAACAACUUUUCUGAGAAAUACCAUAGCAGAGUGCCAAGCAUGUGGUUUAGGCACUGUGAGUUUUCCAACUCAGCUUCCUAGGCGCACUAAACCGAAAUGUGAAGUUAAUUCCUGCUUCAGGGGAGUGAGGUGCAUGGAGACAGCAGAGGGAUUUCAGUGUGGGCCCUGCCCUGAAGGACUCACAGGAAAUGGAGUUACAUGCUCAGAUAUUGAUGAGUGUCGUUACAACCCUUGCUUCCCUGGUGUGCGAUGUGUGAACACUGCUCCAGGUUUCCGAUGUGAGACAUGUCCUCCAGGAUAUACAGGACAAGCCAUGCAAGGGACAGGACUCAGCUAUGCUAAGAGCAAUAAGCAGGUCUGCUUAGAUAUUGAUGAAUGUCAGAAUGGAGGACUUGGACUCUGUGUUCCGAAUUCCCAUUGCAUAAACACUUUGGGGUCUUACCGCUGUGGCCAGUGCAAACCAGGAUAUACAGGAGACCAAACAAGGGGAUGCCAGGCUGAACGAAGUUGUAGGAAUCGAUCCCUCAAUCCAUGCAGUAUCCAUGCCCGUUGUAUUGAGGAGAGGAGAGGAGAUGUGACAUGUAUUUGUGGUAUUGGCUGGGCUGGUGAUGGCUAUAUUUGUGGAAAAGAUGUUGACAUCGAUGGCUACCCCAAUGAAGAACUCUCAUGCUCUGCUGAAAACUGCAGAAAGGACAAUUGCAGAUUUGUCCCAAACUCUGGACAAGAAGAUGCUGAUGGUGAUGGGAUUGGAGAUGCCUGUGAUGAUGAUGCAGAUGGAGAUGGCAUUCCCAAUGAGCAGGAUAACUGUGUUUUGGUUCCCAAUGUUAACCAGAGAAACAGUGACCAAGAUAUCUUCGGGGAUGCUUGUGACAACUGCCGUAAUGUCCUGAAUAAUGACCAGAGGGACACAGAUGGUGAUGGGAAAGGAGAUGCUUGUGAUGAUGACAUGGAUGGGGAUGGUGUUAAGAAUCUUUUGGAUAAUUGUCAGAGAGUUCCCAAUGAAGACCAGGAGGACACAGAUAAUGACGGUGUUGGUGAUGCCUGUGACAGCUGCCCUACAAUCAGCAACCCAAACCAGUCGGAUGUCGACAAUGACCUGGUUGGAGAUUCCUGUGAUACCAAUCAGGACAGCGAUGGUGAUGGGCACCAGGACAGCACAGACAAUUGCCCUACUGUUAUUAACAGCUCCCAGCUGGACACAGAUAAGGAUGGGCUGGGUGAUGAGUGUGAUGAGGAUGAUGAUAAUGAUGGCAUUCCUGACCUCUUACCCCCGGGCCCUGACAACUGCAGACUGGUCCCCAACCCAGGGCAGGAAGAUGAUAAUGGUGAUGGAGUUGGCAAUGUCUGUGAGUCUGAUUUUGACCAGGAUACAGUGAUUGAUCGGAUCGAUGUGUGUCCUGAGAAUGCAGAGAUCACCUUGACAGACUUCAGGGCCUAUCAGACAGUGGUGUUGGACCCAGAGGGGGAUGCGCAGAUUGAUCCCAACUGGGUGGUUCUGAACCAGGGGAUGGAAAUUGUGCAGACCAUGAACAGUGAUCCUGGCCUUGCUGUUGGUUACACGGCUUUUAACGGCGUUGACUUUGAGGGCACUUUUCAUGUCAACACAGUGACAGAUGACGACUAUGCUGGCUUUAUUUUUGGUUAUCAAGACAGCUCUAGCUUUUAUGUAGUAAUGUGGAAACAGACGGAACAGACGUACUGGCAAGCAACUCCCUUCAGAGCUGUUGCAGAGCCCGGCAUUCAGCUAAAGGCUGUGAAAUCCAAGACAGGUCCUGGUGAGCACCUCCGCAACUCUCUCUGGCACACAGGGGACACCAAUGAUCAGGUCAGACUGCUCUGGAAGGACCCCCGAAAUGUAGGGUGGAAAGACAAAGUCUCCUAUCGCUGGUUCUUGCAGCACAGACCUCAGAUUGGUUAUAUCAGGGCAAGAUUUUAUGAAGGCUCUGACCUAGUGGCAGACUCUGGUGUAACUAUAGACACCACGAUGCGUGGAGGACGGCUUGGAGUUUUCUGCUUCUCUCAGGAAAACAUUAUUUGGUCCAACCUGAAAUAUCGCUGCAAUGACACCAUCCCAGAGGACUUUCAAGAAUUUCAAGCGCAGCAAUUUGGUGUUGGGGAUAUUUAAGAAGUAAAAGCAAACUAACAUUGCUAUUGCAAACAGUAAAACAAUAUAUUUUAAAUCCUUAUAUUAUUUUUGUUGUCAGAGUGCACACUGCAGCUUUGUUCUCAUUGAUGUGACUAUGUCAGACUUUUUUUUUGUAUAAAAGUGAAAAUAAAAAGGAGACAAAAUAGA